CUUUGGUCUCUUCCUCUACGCUAGAAAUUGCAGUGCAAAUCCCAAAGUGGACGGCUUUGAGACUCUUCAGCUAGCCUCUGGGAAUAUCAUGGGUCUAAGGCUAGAUAUCUUACGACUGUAAUUUUAACCUUAACCUAAGCUUGACUCCCCUGUGCAUUAGAUUCUCCAACAAUUACUGGUUGUAUAUUUUUGGGUAGCAGAAUAAAUACAUCUGUGAACGUCAAAGAUAUGCACACGCAACGCCAGCGAUUGCGCAUUGCUUGCGAACCCUGCCGGACCCGCAAAAGGAAAUGCGAUGGAAGUCGCCCAUGUAACGUAUGCGUCGGAUACGGGUACGACUGUUCAUAUCGCUCGAAACCUCGUAGUCGACAUCCACAAAGAAAUACACGUCAGACUCAGGCGGUAGACACGCAAGAGACGAGCAAUCAACAACAGCAACCAUUGAGUCGUCAACCAUGCACCCGAUUGCUGGGACAGCAUCAGCGCCAGUGCCAGCGACAAAGCCAAGAGGACCAGAGCCCAGGAGAACAGAGUCAAGAGCGACAGGGCCACGAUCAGGACGACCAAGAGCAACAAAGACGGGGGCAACAAGAAGAGCCACAACACAAAGAGCCUCAAGGACCAUCCGGAUACCUGCGCUCUGCUGAGAGCAACUCUGGUGCAGCUUUCGCACGGCUGCUUACGAUGACCCUAGAAUCGUCUGAUCGAAACGUCUCGCCAAUGCAAAUGUUGGCAUGGAAUCUGUUCCUUGGAGAGAGGCAAAAAGCGACUCCCAUACAUGAGGAGUCGCUCACAGCUAUCUUGACGGAACCAAAGAUGCAACAACUGGCUAUGAUCUACUUUGAAAAGGUCCAUCCUUGUUAUGGAUUUAUUGAUAAAGACAUAUUGCAGCAAACCAUUUGGAAUACUUGGAUAAACCAGAGACCAUCUAACGUGCAGGAUGCAGUUUUAUGUGGCGUUGCCGCCCUUGCUUGCCUCUUCUCCGGUACCCAGGAUGUAGCGGUUGAACUGAGUCUCGUCGCACUUGCUAAGCGCCGGCUAGACCCAUCAAUUGCAGAUCCUCCGUCGCUGUAUAGCGCUACUGCUUGGUUACUGCGUACGGUCUAUCUACGAAUCACCGCAAAACCGGAAGAGGCAUGGUUAGCAAGCUGCAAUACCUUGCACAUCAUGGAUGCAGCAAAGUUAACGACUAAUGUCAGCCCCGGCAGUGCUUUCUCUUUACCUCAAGACUCUCGAGAUCCUCAUCUCCCUAAGAUGGCUUUGCUUGGUGUAGCGCAACAUCUGAACACAUGGAUGUCGUAUGACCUUGGUCGAAAUCGUGUUGUAUUAUCAAACAUCGACGAUGUUCGGAUACCUGCGCAGCCAGGAGUUUAUACAGCAGAGUUACUGGAUCUCUUGCCGUACUCGCAGGACCUGGACCCCGCGAACAGACUAAGCGAAGGCAGCCUUGUUGCAGCUCUAAGGAAAGUCUUGGGUCGAGUACAUACACAGCCGCCAUCUGUGCUAGCACAAUGUAACUUGAUGCUAUGUAUUCACCGCAGACUUUAUGCAUCAAAAUCAGAGAUACCAGGAGAUCUUAUGGAGAAGAUUCUGGAACUAAUUCAUGCUAGCAUUCAGGCUGUCCACGCGAGCAUUACUACAGGACUUCCCUGGCAUCACGUAGCCAAUAUUCCCUUCCAGGCGGUGUGCACGCUGCUGGUGAUGGACACCUUACAGUCAUUUGCAAUACUGGGCGAUUGUCUGGAUUGCGUCGUUGCUGUCCACGAGGCAUACCAGACAACAGCGACCCGAGAAGCAGCCACUGCGGCACGAACUCUGAUCCAACUACAUCGAAGGCGUCGAGAAGCUGAUAUGAGGAGGCAUUCCGAGAUGCUUGACCUUUACCCGUCGGCUGCAUUUUUGUCGCAGGAGAGCCAUGGCGAUGUUCUGAAUGGGGAUACUCUGCAAGACCUUUGGUGGUUCAACGAGUUUGUGGCGCAUUCAGAUCUGAUAUUAUAGAAGCUUGUCGUCGUGCUCAUACUUGUACUUAACAACAAGUACCUGGAUCAGACAGCAAUAAUUAGGGCGUGUUUCGCUAGGUCAA